UGUUCAUUUAAGCAAAAAUCAUUACACAAAGCAAUCUAUAUCUCUCAGAAAUCAAUGUCGACUUUGUCUUCCUCAGCGUCGAUAACUUCAUCUUCAUCUUCUUCUUCCACUAUGAAGGUUCAUCAUGUUCAUCUCAUCGGCUACCUUGGAGCUCUGCUUCUUCUUUUGAGUUCAUUGAGCCAUUGUAGCGGAGCCACGGAAUAUCCAUACCCUAAGGCUUAUGACACAUCAAACCUCAACCGCAGCAGCUUUCCAGAUGGUUUCAUCUUUGGGGCCGGAUCUUCAUCGUACCAAUACGAAGGUGCAGCGCAUGAAGAUGGAAGAGGCCCCGGAAUAUGGGAUACUUUCACUUCCAAAUAUCCAGAAAAAAUUGCUGACAGGAGCAACGGGGACGUGGCUAUCGACUCAUACCACAGAUAUAAGGAAGAUGUAGCGAUCACAAAGGAGAUGGACUUGGAUUCUUACAGAUUAUCAAUCUCAUGGCCUCGGAUAUUGCCUAAGGGAAAGCUAAGUGGCGGCGUCAAUCACAAAGGAAUCAAAUACUACAACAACCUCAUCAAUGAGCUCCUCGCAAAUGGGAUUCAGCCCUUUGUGACUCUAUUCCAUUGGGACGUUCCUCAAACUCUAGAAGAUGAGUAUGGCGGUCCAUUAAGUCCUCUAUUCGCGAAUGAUUUCCGAGAUUUCGUGGACCUUUGCUUCAAAGAGUUUGGUGACCGUGUGAAGCACUGGAUAACAUUGAACGAGCCGCAUGCCUUUACUAAUGGUGGCUAUGCACAAGGGAUUCUGGCACCAGGUCGAUGUUCCGAGUGGCAACAAUUGAAUUGCACUGGUGGGAAUUCAGCCACAGAACCAUAUUUGGUGUCACACCAUCUGCUUCUAGCUCAUGCGUUUGCCGUUAAGUUGUACAGGGAGAAAUAUCAGGAAUCUCAAAAGGGAAGGACAGGGAUAACGCUAGAUGCGACCUGGAGCGUGGCUUACUCAAAUUCAAAGCAAGACCAUGAUGCUGCAGUACGAUCCUUGGAUUUCAAUCUUGGUUGGCUUCUCAACCCCUUGACAUUUGGUCAUUACCCACAUAGUAUGCGUGCUAUAGUCGGAAAUAGGCUUCCAAAGUUCACAAAGGAGCAAUCAUUGAUGCUGAAGGGCUCAUUCGAUUUUCUUGGAAUAAACUAUUAUACGUCUUACUAUGCUCGUCCAGCUCCUCCAGUGAACGGUCCGAACAUAAGCUACACGACUGAUGCCCUAGUCCAACAACUAACUGAGCGAAAUGGAAUUCCGAUCGGCCCACAGGCGGCUUCAAAUUGGCUCUUUGUUUACCCAAAGGGAAUACGAGAUCUUUUGGUGUACAUAAAGAAUAAGUACGGAAAUCCAGAAAUUUAUAUUACUGAAAAUGGAGUAGAUGAGCCGAACAAUUCUACACUGCCACUGGAGCAACAACUAGCCGACAACAAGAGGAUAGACUACCACUAUAAGCAUCUCUCAUACGUCCUGAGAGCUAUCGGGGAAGGCGUUCGAGUGAAGGGUUACUUCGCGUGGUCAUUGAUGGACGACUUUGAAUGGGGUUCUGGUUACACGGUUCGGUUCGGGAUCAACUACGUGGAUUAUGAGAAUGGACUGAAACGAUAUCCCAAAUACUCGUCCUUCUGGUUCAAAAACUUUCUCAACAAGUACUAGCUUGGCAGGACCACACAAAGAAGUACUAAAAUAAAACAAAAUUAUGAAAUAAAAUAAAAUAAAAUGGAAAUGAGGGCUAAACAAUUAAGCAGAUAUAUGGGGUUCUGUAUAAUUUGGUCAACGGAGUUUUUCCUUUCAAAAUGACGCAUUUUCUUGUAAUACCAGAAACUGAUAUUUUAAUUAAAUUAUUUAUUGAUAAUAAUUUUAUUAAUUUUA